CUUAGACUGUGUGCCUGUGUGUCGAUGUGUUGAUUGAUACACAUGUAUCACUUGUGAAACCACGCGUAUUGUAUGUUCAAGAGUCUCAAUCUCACGCCUGCUUGUUUAUUUGAAAGAAUCCGGCUUAGUGAAAUGCCAAUGCUUGUCAUUGUGAUAGAUCCAAAUGGUGUACAGUUAAUCACAAAGUUGAACUGCAUUUCUAUAGCUAAUUAAAGGACAACUAUGACAAAGCUUCCAACUGAAAUAAACUUUUGUGCCAUUGACAUUCGAGGCACUAUCGGACCUCUCAAUUCGGAUUUAUAAAUAAUUCCAGAGGCCGUUUGUUCCCCCCUUCACUAAACCAUGGCUAUAUCAAAGGAGGCCGAGGCUCUGACAGACAAAAAAGAUGACACUGACUGGUCUAAGGUGCCAUUUUGGACAUCUCAAAGAUUUCUGACAGCUAUAGUCACGUUCUGGGGUUUCGCUGUACUCUACCUCCAGCGUGUGAAUCUCAGUAUUGCUAUGGUCUGCAUGAUCAAGUCACCAUAUAAAGGAAAUACCACAUCAGGCAAUUUCACCUACUUCAAUGAGACACUGGACAAUUUGACUUUAACCACUACUCUGAAACCACUCAGUUACUGUGAUUCACUGGAGCUGAAACAAGCUGCUGCAGCUGAUGAUACAGGAGAAUUUGAGUGGGACAAAGAACUUCAAGGACUUCUGUUAGGAUCUUUCUUCUGGGGUUAUCUUGUGUUACAGAUUCCUGGAGGCAUUUUGAGUGAACGUUAUGGCCCUCGUAGAGUUGUUAUGUACACUAUGAUGCCUGCUGCUGUUUUGGGUCUGCUGUCACCUAUUUCAGCAAGAGCAAGUCCAUGGCUAUUUUUAGUAGUCAGAGUUCUCAUAGGUGUUGGAGAGAGUGCUCUUUACCCAGCAGCACAAGCUUUGUUUGCCAGGUGGUCACCUCCAUCUGAAAGAACGAGAUUGGUGGGUGUGUCUCUAUCAGGUGGACAGUUUGGUAAUGCUCUAAUGUUUCCAAUGGGUGGAUUAUUAUGCAGUAGUUUAGGAUGGGAUUCAGUUUUCUACGUUAUGGGUGCUAUCGGCUUUGUAUGGUGUCUCGUAUGGUUCUUUUUGGUGUAUGACAGUCCAUCUUUGUCCAGAAGAAUUAGUCCCUUAGAACGAGGCUACAUUCAGCACCAUGUUCUCUUUAGGGAUGGUGUGAAACCACCACCAAUUCCAUGGCUAGCUAUCUUUAAAUCCCUGCCAUUUUGGUCCAUUCUGAUUGGUCACACAUGUGGAAACUAUGGAUUAUACAUGCUUCUAACUCAGAUUCCAACCUACAUGAAAGAAGUGAUGAAAUUUGACCUGAAAACUAAUGGUGCUUUCUCCAUGCUCCCCUACCUCUGCAUGUGGUUAUUUAUUAGUAUUGCUGGGGUCACCGCAGAUUUAUUUAUUACUCGGAACAUUUUCUCAAGAGUAACAACAAGAAAGAUCAUGUCCUCUGUAGGUUUAUUUGGACCAGCUAUUUGUAUGGUAGGCUUAACUUUCAUGGACUGCACCCAACAGGUUGGUGCUGUGGUGUUGCUAUGUGGUACAGUUGGUCUUUCUGGUGUAGCUUUUGCUGGAUACAUGGUUAACCAUGGAGACAUUGCCCCUCAGUUUGCUGGAACCUUGUUUGGAAUAACUAACGUGGCUGCAACCAUCCCUGGCAUUUUUGCUCCCUACAUUGUUGGUGCUGUUACCAAAAAUAAAACAAGAGAAGAGUGGCAAAUAGCUUUCUUCAUUGCCGCCGCCAUUUAUGUCUUUGGGGGUCUUUUCUAUGCUCUGUUUGCCAAAACAUCAUUGGAGAGCUGGGCCAAGCCACCCACUCCAAAGCAGGCUGAUGGGUCAGAGUCACAAAACAUGAUCGAAAUGAACAAAGGAACUAACAGUGUAUGAUUGCUGACUCUAGAUGGUCUCAGAAUAUGAACAGUGACAUUGACAUGGCCGGUGAUGAAAAAUGUAUAUAAAAAAAAAAAAAUUUGAGGAAUUUCUUUUACAGACACUAAGCAUCAGAAAGAAAUUAUGGUGCUAACAGAAAGUUAAGGAAGAAAUUGUCAAAGCAUAUCUAUGAUGGUUGCUAACGUUAUCUGUUUUAUCUUAAAAAUGGAUAGUUUCAAACUUCCGAUAUAUUUAGAUUUGAGAAGUCUAUUUAUACUAUAUAUUGUUAUUGAAGUUACUUUUUGUUAUAAAAAUAAAUUUAAAAUCCUACUUUACUCUUUAUUAUUACAUGGAAUUAGUUGAAAAUUACAUGAGAUGUAUUAAUGUACAUCCUUCAUAUUUGGUAUACCAAACAAUAAACAAUAAAGAUUUGUUAAUAAGUUAUGAAAAUAUUUAUCUUUUAUGUGUUUAUAAGUGUAUUUAUUGUAAACAUUUCAUCAUAGUUUCAAUAUUGUUGCCAUUAUGUCUUUCUGUUGAGCCCUGUCACCAUUGUGAACUUAAUAGUGUUAUAUAACAUUGUUUUAUUCUCUUUACAAUAUUGUUUGUUUCUUCGCCAUAUCAGGUUAUUUAUUCCUAGUUUUAUAUUCCUUUGGUGUAAACAUCCUACUGAAAGAAAAAUUUCUCAAGUCUGAUUGAAACUAUGUAAAUGAUAUUUUAUUGUGUUGCUUUGAUUUGCUUCUGUAUACAUGUUCUGUACACUUUAGUAUGAGUAAACAAAGACACAGAAGUGCAUUGUAAGCAUUGAUCAAGUUACAGGUAGUUAAUAGUUAGUUCAUAGACAUUCUCUUUGGUUGGCAUGUUCAGUUAAUGAUUAAUAUACAGAAGGCUUAGUAUCAUAUGAGCUGGGAUGUUAUAAUUUUAAAAUGUGUAUAUAUAUGUAUAUAUAUAUAUUUAGUUGUCUUCAUUUCUUUCUAAUAUUAUUAGGACAAGAAAGCAGAUUGAAACAUUCUUUUCACUUUGUUGUUUUCUCAAAGUAUAUACAUGUGAAAGUUCACAUUUUUAGAAUUUGAAUGUUGCGCUUAUAUAUGUUUUCUCUUCAUUGCUCCUCCCCUUCUAAAACACACACACAAAAGUUUUAAACUAAAGUAUAAAAAAGGGCAAUAAUUUAUUUUAAAAUGGCUAGCUUACAUUGUGGUGUAUCUCUGUAAUUGAUAUGUUGAUUUUUUUUUUUUCUGUUUUAUGUAACCUACUUAAUUAUUUAAAAAAUAUUAGUUAAUAUUAGGACACUUGUAGCUGUUAAGUGCUGGUCACAAAUAUAUAAUCAGAGAAGUGAUUGAGAAACACAUUCUAGUCAAGAAGCCUUACAGAGAUCCACUGGUUUCCAGUGUAUAUUCUAGCUAUCAUAACCUUCUGACAUUUAUAAAAAGAGUGUAUAUUCUAGCUAGAAUGACAUUUUAAAUUUAUAAAAAGAGCAUAUAUUCUAGCUAGCAUGACCAUCUGACAUAUGUGUCUCAUUUCAAAGCUACAAAGCUACUUGUGACCAUUUUUCCAAUGCUAAGAGUCAAAUACAAUUACAAGCAACUUUUUAUUAGCUAGUCUCAUAAUGCUUUAAAAAAUGUAAGCUAGAAGUAUGUAGAUUUAAUGACCAUUGUAAUUUAUGUAUUUUUUAUCAAAUAAAAAAAAAAACAGUAAAAAAAAACUAAUCUUUGAAAGUAAAAAUGUUGAAUUCAGUUACAUUGGAUUAUUGAAUUAAUUGCCUGUUGUAAUGUAUUGAGCAUUGUGAUUCAUUUAAGAAAAUGAAGAUUUUUAGUGUGAGAGUAUUUUUAUUUAUCAAACAUUAAACUUAGCAUGUUGAGUAUGAGAGUAUUGCAAGGUCAUUAGAUAUUGUGCAUUUUGGGUGUGAGAUUAAUCACAGGAAAUGGUUUAGCUGGUUGGAUGUGAGAGUAUUAUUUUUCAUCAGACCACUAUGAUAUUAGAUCAAACAUUUUCAUUCAUUGAUGGCAUUGUUCUGUUGUAUUGACUCUUCUAACCAUCUCUCUAUGAUCUUGCUGUUAUAAAAAUACAAUGAUAAUUGUUUUCAUCCACUGGACUGAUGUAAUAAAAGGACUGAACAAAAAAUAAAGCUUUGGCUAGAUGUUUUCAUUCAUUGGUUUUGUUAAAAAUAAGAUUGAUAUAUAUCCUUUAAUGUGGAUGCCAAACAGUUUAUAAAAUGGUGAACAUUUGGAACAGAUUAGUGUAAUUAGAGUCAUAUGAUCAUCACAAUGACAAUGGUCUAUUACCAGUUUACUUGGAUGUUUUAUUAUAUGCAUAUUUUUGAGUCAUGUUUGUUUUAAUUGUGUUAAUGUUACUUUUAAAACUAAAUCGAUAGUAAAAAGAACAAACUUUAUAGCUUUCUUCUUUAGAUUUGUGUGUCAAUGGCUUUUUAUUUUUCCAUUAAAUUUAAGCCAAAGAAUAAAUUCUAUUUUAACUCAUCACUUUUCUGGUUACAAACCUGUGGCACAAUUGAAUAAUCAACUCAGCUUGAUUAGAUGGAUUUUCCUUCAUUUUGUGAUGUGAACUUUACCUCAUUUGAUUGCAUAUCAAAUAGAUAGUCUGUUUUAUUUUGUUGUUAUUUUAUGUAAAAUCAAUAGUUUAUGUGGCAUAGUUUAAAUAUCUUUCUUGUUUUUCAUGUUGUUCCUUUGUAUAUUUUUAGUCUGUUGUACACUUAUAUAUUACUUUUUGAUGUAUAGAUGCGCUAUUUAAUGAAAGCAACAUUUUUUUGAAGUGUUUUAUAUAAAAAUGUAUUUUUUUUUGCAGUGUUACAGUUUUCAAAUCAUUGACAAUGUGUGCUAUUUUAAUAUUAUAGCAUGUUUUAAUUGUGCUCCAAUUUGAACCUUAGUUUUAGUAGUUGAUACAAAUAUAUCUGGACAAGAAAAGUGUAUUAUAUUGUUUAAAGAGCAUGAUGCUUGAUGAAUAAACACAAAAAAAAAUU